CUGGACAUUGGCGAGUAUAGUAUACUCUGGAGCGGUGAGUAAUGUGCCUGUUUCCGAAGCCUGACCAGAAGACCGCUCCGUCUGCCCCUUCUGCGUCGCCGUUGUUUUCGGUCAGCUGCUGGGAUUAGAUCCUUUGUCCUGGGUGGUGGUCCGAAGAGAGGAUCCACUUCUGGAAAGUCAUAUUCCUGGUUGUAAUGUUGAUAUGGAGACAUGGUUCCUAAGACGAUUGCGGGGAAGAUAUUUGGUUCUAUCUGUUCUCUGAGUGGGGUGUUGGUCAUUGCCCUGCCUGUCCCAGUCAUUGUGUCCAACUUCAGCCGCAUCUACCACCAAAACCAGAGAGCUGACAAAAGACGGGCACAGAAGAUGCAGAAAGCACGUCUGGCCAGGAUACGAAUAUCCAAGACAGGAAGCUCUAAUGCCUUCCUCCACAGCAAACGGAAUGGCCUCUUCAGCGAAGCCUUGGAGCUCACGCAACUUCCUUACAAGAUGAACCUUUCAGACCAGGGUUCCAUUGAGGAGGAGCAGCACCUGAGCAAGAACCAGUCCCUAUUGGAGAGCCAACACCACCACCUGCUGCAUUGUCUGGAGAAAACCACAAAUCAUGAGUUUGCAGAUGAGCUGUGUUAUGAGCAGAGCUACCUGGAGGGGGCACUCCAGAGCUAUCCGUCUCAAAGCCCCUCCCUCUCCAGCCAAGAAGGCAUGACGGGCACCUGCUGUACCCGCCACACCAAGAGGAACCACGCCCCUUUACCCAACUCCAGUAUUCCCACGUGCGCUCUCUCACACACACACCCUCAUCAUAACCUGCAGGAGCUCAGCACUAUCCACAUCCAGCCCCUCAACACCAGUCGCUCCAGUCUGAACAUGCGUGUGGACGAACCCGCGCGCCUCAACUGCCAGAGUGGCACGAUCACCACUGCGAUCAUCAGCAUUCCGACGCCCCCAGCGACCACUCCUGAGAGCGACGCCCACCCUCCACCCCCAGGCCCCGCCCUUCAGAACGUUGUGAAGGUGUCUGCGCUGUGAGAGUAGAAGCGCAGCAGGACGCGCGGACAGACAGACAGACAGAUAGGAUGGAUAGACAGACUCAUGCAGAUAGACAGAAGGACAGUGCGAAGGAUACGACAGACGAGCAGGCGAAUGCUCUGAAGGCCGAGUCCCAGACUGAAGACAUGGAGAAGGACUGCCUACUGGUGGAGAUCUACUGUAAUGACAUGGACUUCCUGUAGAAAUGGAGGAUGGAUUUUAGAUACAGUCUACUGUAGGUGUCUGUGCGCUUCUGUAUGUUUGAGUGUGCGUUUUGUGUGUGUUUGGUAGGUUAUAAGUGUGUGAGAGAGAAUGUGUUAGAGAAAAUAAAAAAGGUUUGAGUUUUUGGAGUGUAUGAAAGAGAAAGAGAAGCACUUGAUGGGUCGCUGGAGAGAUGUAGAGCAGUAAAGUCACAUGUCACUGGGCACGCAGCACCUUUUUAUGGUUAGUGCUAUCCGGGAUCAUUGGGACAUCCCUACACUAAAACCUUAACCCUUACCUAACCCUAACCUUAACCCUUACCUUAACAAUAACCUUCACCUAACCUUAACCCUCACCUUAACAAUAACACUUACCUCACCCUAACCUUAACCAUUUUAAAUUUCAACUUCAAUGGGGGGUAUGGAUGUCCCAAGGAUCCCGGAUAGCAAGGAUGACUUUUUUAUGGUUUGGAACCUGAGUUUGACAUUUGACCUGUCUGGUCUUUACAUCGUUACAGCAGGAAACAGUGAUCAUAUCAAAGAAAAGAACUUAGACAUAUUGACAUCAUUAAAGUUUUCCUCUGGUUUGUUAUGUUAUUUAUGGUUAGAUUCAGUUUGAUCCACUUAUUCGUCGUCAUAGAUACAUGUCAAUCACCAUCCAAAAUAUUUUUCCUUUUCUUUUUUUUCUCCCCAGGUAUAAUUUAAUUUCACAGUGAAUAUUCUUAACAAAUCAAACUAUGGUAGGUGUCUGUAUCAGAGAUACUAGUGGGUUUCUUAUAUUUGUGAACGUGUAUGUGUGUAUGCCUGUAUGAGCGUGUGUGAAUUUGACGAGCUGUCUGUAGUUGAGCUCUUUCUUUAAGUGUCCAUGGCUCUGUAUAUGUGUGACUAGCUGCCACUCAUGGAAAGCUUCUGUACAUAUUUUUGUCCAAAAUUCUCAGCUGGAAGCCUUUUACACAAUAUGUGCCUGUUUCGUUUGAGUAAAUUCUUGAUUUUAUUUCUCUCUUUUUUUGUAGGUCGGUUUCACUCCCUUUGCUUUCCUCUGGGCUCUAGUUGUAGAUAUUCAACAGACCUUUUAUGUAAACUUGCUUCAUUAUCCAACACCAAGACCAAAAAGGUUGUAUUUAAACUUAAACCACGUCUAACUAAAAGCACAAGGUGUUUGCUGAGAAUUUCUGACAGAGAUCUGUCCAGAGCCUGGGUUAUAUUGUGAAUAUUGUUAAUAGAAUAUUUUGUAAUAUUUUCCCAUUGUUUGGCAGAGCCCGUGAAGCUGUCCUCUCUCACUCUCUUUCUCUCUCGUUGUCGUCCUGUGUAUCUCUUUCUCUCUCGUUGUCGUCCUGUUGUAUCCUUUCCUCCGUUCUGUGUGAAGAACAGUAUGCUUUUGGUAGUUGUUUUUAGUCGUCAAUGUUUUCUCCCCAAACUCAGCUGGCAUUUUUCAAAGUUGUUGUGUGUCUGUAAUCUUCUAUGUGGAUAGAAACUUGGUGUUUGUACUUUUUCUGUGGCCUUCCAUGUUUUUCCCCUGGGACAUUCUAGGUCUUACAUUUUUUUUUUCCUGGAGAACUUGAACCUGGGACAUCUGUUGUCAUGGUGACCACAGAGACAUGGAGGACUGGAUGACACCCACCCAUGGACCUAAACCAACCUUAACAUCUAACACUAGCCAUGUAUCUUCUUGGUUACAGGGUCUGAAAUGUCUCUUUACCAGACAGAUUUCAUUUCAGUAUAUUCAGACUGAAUUCAGACACCAACCCUUCCAGAGAUACAGGCACACAAAGGGGCAGAGUAGAUCCAUGGCAUCUAUCUACGACAUGACACAGGACCUGUGAUUCAACCAAACCAAAAGGGUUCAACUAUGUUGGAUCAGGAAGUUAGUGGUAUUGUUUAGUGGAUGACCUGCAUUUGUAAGCACAGGUAUUGUUACGUUAGAACUCGAUGAUGUAUUCCGUGACCAUAGCUCCCAGGAUCUAAUAUAGACCCAGUCGUUAUGGGAUAGAACGUUGCGAUCUUGCCCUCCUGUAGGGAAAACAACCUGUGGUUACCUACAGUGCAUUCUGAAAGUAUUCAGACCCCUUGACUUUCUAAAAAUGUUGUUACAGCCUUAUUCUAAAAUUGAAUAAAUAUCAAAUGUCCUCAUCAAUCUACACACAAUACCCUAUAACGACAAAGCGAAACCAGAUUUUCUAAACUUUUACAAAUGUAUUAAAAAUAAAAACCACAAAUACCUUAUUUGCAUAAGUAUUCAAGACCCUUUGAUAUGAAUCUUGAAAUUGAGCUCAUGUGCAUCCGGUUUCCAUUGAUCAUCCUUGAGGUGUUUCUACAACUUGAUUAGAGUCCACUUGUGGUAAAUUCAAUUGAUUGGACAUGAUUUGGAAAGGCACACACCUGUCUAUCUAAGGUCUCACAGUUGACAGUGCAUGUCAGAGCAAAAACCCAAGCCAUGAGGUGGAAGGAAUUGUCUGUAGAGCUUCGAGGCAGGAUUGUGUCGAGGCACAGAUCUGGGGAAGAGUACCAAAAAAAUGUCUGCAGCAUUGAAGAUCCCCAAGAACACAGUGGCCAUCAUUCUUAAAUAGAAUAAGUUUGGAACCACCAAGACUCUUCCUAGAGCUGGCCACCUGGCAAAACUGAGCAAUCGGGGGAGAAGGGCCUUGGUCAUGGAGGUGAACAAGAACCCAAUGGUCACCCUGACAGAGCUAAAUAGUUCUCUGUGGAGAUGGGAGAACCUUCCAGAAGGACAACCAUCUCUCAAUCAGUCAGGCCCUUAUGGUAGAGUGGCCAGACGGAAGUCACUCCUCAGUAAAAGGCACUUAAGCCCGCUUGGAGUUUGCCAAAAGCACCUAAAGGACUCUCAGACCAUGAGAAACAAGAUUCUAUGGUCUGAUGAAACCAAGAUUGAAAUCUUUGGCCUGAAUGCCAAGCGUCACAUCUGGAGGAAACCUGGCACCAUCCCUACAAUGAAGCAUGGUGGUGGCAGCAUCAUGCUGUGUUGAUGUUUUUCAGCAGCAGGGACUGGGAGACUAGUCAGGAUCGAGGGAAAGAUAAACGGAGCAAAGUACAGAGAGAUCCUUGAUGAAAACCUGCUCCAGAGCACUGAGGACCUCAGACUGGGGCAAAGGUUCACCUUAUUCGUCUGAAUACUUUCCGAAUGCACUGUAAGUUACUCCAUUGGCUCACAACAAAAACUUGACCUUUUUCAAAAGCAAUUUUCAUGUUGUCUGCUUGUUUUAGUCAAUUACAAAACUACAUUUAAGAGAAGUACAACAUGUCUAAAGAUCACUUUCCAACAUGGCCUGCUCCCUAGCGUUCUCUCUACUUAGAAAAACAUAUUGUAGGGCUUCCCUCAUGCCCCUUUUCAUGACGAUGCUAGCAGCCACUUGAGUGAGUGAGUGCUAGCUAUCUACUGACCAGAACAUUAAACUAGCCAAGACCAACAACACAAACAAACAGACUAUACAGCUACAAGCAGUUAGUGGAGUUACAAACAAAUGGUACUAAACAAGUUAAAUGUCUUACCUGUGAUUAAAUGUUUUCCAUACAUAGCCUACUUGGACUCCGCGUCCCCAAAUAUCCCACACCGAAUAGCCUGAAGCCACAGGGCUCUUCUCGCAGGCUCUUUCUUCAUGUGGGAGCAUUGCGAACCGUAGAUUGGGAUUUUUGACCUAACUACAUGUACAUUUUCAGCAUGUUUUGUUAUUUCUGUAUAACAAAUAUUUAACAACGAGGUUGCCAAUUUUACAAUUGGGGUCAAUAGGAAAUAAUCAUUUGUGGGCCUGGUCGAGGGGAAAUCCGACAUGGGCUAUUAGUGUAUGUGUAAUACACAGUCAGACGCUCUCUGUCACAGAGCAAACAGAGAAACAAGCACAGCCAGGCAGGCACUUUUCCGCAGUGAAUUACAUCUUACUCACAGUUUCCAGGCCUGGUUGUAACACUAUUUUAAUUAGAUUGACAGAAAAGCGGAGACAGCAGCAGUCUGUAAAAGUAGGUUCACGUUAUUGGGUUGAAAUAGAAAAGUGUUAUCACAAGUCCUGCAUACCAUGACUUAAAUCAAAUAAAAAGGCUGACUUUGCAGUCUAUCCUACCAUGACACUGUAGGGGGGGCAGUGAUCAAACACACAAUACUCCCCUAAAAAGUGUUAAAUCAUUGUUAUCUUUUCCCUAAUGAUCAACACUAAGGUCUGUUAUUGUGUCAGUUCUCUCUCUUCUUUUUUGUUUUCUUUUCCCUUAGCCAAUUUGUCUUUUCUUCGGCUCAGUCUCUCCAUCACUCUUUGCUUUCCCCUGACUCCUGUCCUUGUUGACACUAAUGCUGUGCGUAUCCUGUCAGUCGUUGGUUAUUAUUUAUGACCUUGUCUUGUGUCCCGACUGUGAAAACGCCUGAUAAAAACAUCUAUAUCUGCCGAAACCACCUCUGACUCUGUCUCUUAUGUCAUCCACUAACAGACAUUGGGGGUGGUGGGAUGUAGU